CUUCGCCUUGCCGUGCCUUGCGCUGCCCUGCCCUGCGAUGCCUCUGCCCGCUGCCAUGCCGGGGCUCGAGAUCGCUCUGCUUCGCUGGUGCUGGGGCUGGGCCGCGGGGGCCGCCGGGCGCGGGCGCGGGCGGUGACUGCAAUUCUACAUCUUCUCCUCCCCCCCUUCUCCGCACAACACAACAACAGCGCAAGGGAGUCCGACUCGACUUCCGCCCGAGUUUGCUUCACGCCACUCCUGAGCCACACGUUCGCUCCUUCCUUCGCUGUCAGUUUCUCUUCUCCUGCCGUCCUCUGUCGCUCAUUCUUUCAUUCUCUCAUUCAUUCAUUCUUUCAUUCUUCCGUCCUUCCCUUCGUUCUUUCGUUGACUGUGUUCGUUCUCCUUGUACAGCGAGUUUCGUUUCGUUUUGUUUCGUGGGUGUUCUGAUGUUACUGGAUUUGCGGGGCUUGUGCGGAGGAGUACGAUAGUGCAGCAGCGGCAGCAGCAGGCGAGGGGGCCGAUGAUGUAGGUUUGGGUUCUGUGGUGGCGUAGGUGGUGUAGAGUAGUGGCAAUUGACAAAAGGCUUUUACCGCAGAUUUCACCGCACGGCUUCUCGGGUGCUUGCUGGAAGAUGUAAGGUGGCUACGGUCUCCUCUGUCGUCGGUUAGUUUCUGGAAUUUCUACGAUGGGGCAUGUGCUGAUUCCCUGCUAGGUUGGGAGAUGGAUGCGCGUUGAUGGUCUUGCGGAAUUUGUCACGAGGGUUUUCUUAGAUUUGGCACAAUUGCCUCCGCGCCGCUACUCUUCGGACAUCGUGCUUACACGUGGUUCCCUAUGGAGGAGAAUGAGUACAACGGUCUCUGCCGGACAGAUAACGUCGAAGAGGAGAAAUAUCCUGAGAAAAGUGGUCGAUACAAGGGUGUCAUUCGUGAUGAGAAACCCACUUGUGCUGUCUGUAUGGAAGUUCUAGGAACUCAUGGUGGGCCUGCAUCUCUCGCCUGCGGCCACAAUGGAUGUCUCGAGUGCUUACAACAGGUCCAGAUGCACUCGAACAUGCCUGUCUGUCCUCUUUGUCGUACACCCUUUGAUGGAGAUAUCAAUUUGGCCCCGAACUUAGACUUACGGGCUGCACUCGAGUGUGCCGAACAAGCCGCCGCAGCUGCGCGAGCUGCCGAGGAUCGGAGGAUGGUUGCUGUGUACAAUUCUAAGCAGAUUGUGAAGCCGAGCAGAGAUAAAACCACCAGGUCUCACCAACAGCGAUUCAUCUAUGAUUUGCCCUAUCCUGAGGAAACAGGACCUUGGAUUCCGGUGUCAAUUCCGCCCAAGGGCUCGAAGGACUUUGAUGGGCCUGACAUGGGCAGUAUAUAUGGAGAUGUUUUUCCGGAACCCUUGAUGACAGUGGGUGUCCGACAAGGGGCUCCGGACAUCAACCUUUGGAAUGUUUUGAGUGGAUUUCUUGCAAUCAUAUCGGGAAGGGGUGGUACACAAAGCCAGAAUUUCCACUCACAGUCCGGUUAUUCUGAUAGUAGAACAUCUACGUACUACCGAGAAAGUUCUGGUCAUGGAAGAUCUAACAGCAAUUCAUGGAGUGGGAAUUUACACAGGCCAAGUGCACCUCCACUGCUCCUUGGCACUAAUGAUUCCGAUGUCAGCCUCAUACGAGCUAUUCUCGAAGCAGAGCCCCCGGACUGGAUGCCUGACAGUUCGGCCCUUUCCUGUAUGCUCUGUGGCGCUGCCUUUAGGGCAAUAACUUGUGGAAGACAUCAUUGUCGGUUCUGCGGGGGAAUUUUUUGUAGGAGAUGCUCUUCCGGGAGAUGUCUUUUACCUGUGAAGUUCCGGGACAGAGACCCGAAAAGAGUUUGCGAUACCUGCUGGGAGAGACUGGAACCUGUACAGAAGAAUCUUGCCGACCGAGUUAGUAAUGCAGCACAAAUCGCUCUACAUGAUGUGACUGACUUCAGCUGUAUGACAGCAUGGAUAAACAGUCCACUUGGGCUUUCGAUGGAGCAAGAAAUUUUUAAGGCAACAAAUGCCUUGCGUAGCUAUUUGGAGAUUGGAGUACUCAAACCAGAAAGAUCCAUCCCCGACGCUGUUCUGAAAGGAGCCUGUGGCUUGGCAAUCAUCACAGUGUUCAAGGCCGGGUUUAUGAUGACCUACAAAUUUGGUACGGGAUUGGUUGUUUCACGGAGGAGAGAUGGGUCCUGGUCUGCACCAUCAGCUAUCGCAUCGUGUGGUCUGGGAUGGGGAGCUCAGGCUGGUGGGGAGCUGACUGAUUUCAUCAUAGUCCUAAGGACAGAAGAAGCUGUGAAGGCCUUUAGUGGGAGAGUACAUUUGUCAGUUGGUGCCGGCCUAAGCGUCGCUGCCGGACCUGUUGGAAGAGCUGCGGAAGCAGAUCUUAGAGCUGGUGAUGGGGGUACUGCAGCUUGUUACACUUACAGUCGAAGCAAAGGAGCGUUCGUCGGAUGUUCAAUCGAAGGCAAUGUUGUGGCGACACGGUCCUCCGCCAACAUGCGCUUUUAUGGAGAAUCUGGUGUCACUGCAGUCGACAUUCUUCUUGGAGACGUUCCAAGACCUCGGGCUGCAGCUCCGCUUUAUAGUGCUUUGGAUGAACUUUUUGUAAAGGUGGACACAUAGUUCAUGAUUGGAAUGAAGGGCAUAGUUUUAGAAUCUUUCGUUCUGUGUAGAUAGCAACUCGUCUGAUGACGAAAAUAUAUUUCAAUUUGAUUGUACAUAAGUGACCAAUUCUUCAACGUAUGUAUAUAAUGGGUGGUGUUAUGGCUCUACUGGCUUUAGGGCAAAGCAGUCUGUCAGGCCACAAGCUGUGUCGGCCUGAAAUAUAGCGACCAGGUAACCAAAGCAGGGCAAUUAAGUCCUGAGUUUCCCACCUACUUUGCUCGACACCGCUGAUGAGGUGCUUGUACCCUGGGUUUGCUUCAAUUCACAUCCACACCAUGAAUACGCUGUCUGAAUGGCUGGGACGGCCUGCCCGGUCCUCGGCGCGCUUGAUUUGUUUGAAUGUAUCGUACUUGUAGGAGUCUUCGAAGAGCAUGAGCGCAGAGAUAGUAUGCCUCGAUAAUCCAAGAUAAGCGGGUUUCCUCGGUGGGAUGAUGAAGUUUUGUCGUCACUCCCUUGACCCCUGAGGAUUCGAUUUUUCUUCUGGAAACUGGCUUGUCUUCGACGAUGUUAAGGCUUCUUAGGGAAUGCC